GUCGCGUUGGGUUGCGUACUGGUAUCGACUGUGUGUGUCGGCAGCCGAUGUGCACCGGAUCGAGGGUCACGGUGUUGACGUCGCCGAAGACGAGGCUUGCUUGCUCGGCGAAGCCCUGAAGAUCGAUAUAGAUCUCGUACUCGGGAUUGCCGUUUAGUCGAACUGCCCAGCGUUCGACGUAGGCACGAUCACUUUCGGCUUCGGGAAACAGCUGCACCGCUAUUACUUGGUGCUCCUGCUUGCUUUGAAAGAUUUUUUACUUUUUAGGGACUGUUCGAAAAAUAUUACAAAUGCAUUCUUAUUUUUGACUUGCUUCAGAAGUGAAAUGGAGUAGAUUUGUUUGCAAAACAAGUAAUUAAAUAAUUUUUGUAAAUAUUUUGAGGUGUUCCGAUCAUACAUUCAUAACGUUGAAUAGCCAUGCCAUAAUAGUUGAAAUCAUGAUGACACGUUGUGAUACUUUUACAUUCACGAGUAAUGAAAAUUCAUAUAUCUUACUGUCCAAUAAGUCCCAUCAUUGGUUUGAUGCUAUAGUGACUCGUGUCCGGCGGAACAAAACAAAACAUCAGAGGCUGCUGGCAAAAAUUUUUUAUCAUAAACGUCGUGUAAACCGGCGUAGCAGGAAUGCAAGCUGGCAUUAUCACAGUCUCCGGGAUUUCGUACUGCGGUAUGCAAUCAUUCAAGCCGUAACUGUAGGUGUGACCUUGAUAUAUUUUUUUAACAUGCGAAAACAUCGAUUGGCUGUUAUAAUAUAUUAACAAAUUUUAUUCAUCAUGUAUACCAAUCAGGCGAAGAGAAACGUAAUCAGGAACUGUGCUCGUUUGUAUCGCUUCGAUAUCGUUAAAACUGGUUUCGCAACAAGGUAAUCGAAAAGUUCGCGCUAUCAGCUCUCUCGAAUAAAAAGUGUUUUCUUCGGCAGGAUCGAAUCGGAUUUCGAAAAUUAUUGAUUGAUUGCUGCGCACUUUAGCUUCUUGUGGUUGAAUACUGAAUGUUUUUGAAACAUCUGAAAAAGCAUGCAUGGUAUAGUGGAUGGCAGAAGGUAGGUAGAAUCGCAGGCAUGAUCUAUACCUUUUUCCCAGAUGACGAGUAAAUUGAAUAUAUUGUGAUUAGUCAAACAUACAGUUUGCGGGGUCCUUUUCACGUAAUUUUCCGAACCGGUUUGCAUUUGGCCGAAAUCCAUGAAGUUCCAAGAUAGCGAAAUCGCCGGUGGGUUGCUUUUGACUACGCCCGUCGUGUCGCGCAAAUAGUUUGUAAAAUUAUCCGAGAUGUCUAGUUCUUCGAUCAUUUCGAUUUUGGAGUUAAAAGCCUUGAUGUAGUCUUGGCCUGGGCUACAGGGUAGACUACCGUAAAGCUCCAGAAUAAGUGGUGUCUGAAAUGACAAGAAAAAAAAAAUACUUAUAAUAAGUUAGAAGCCUAUAAAAUAAAUUUUAUAAACCUUUAAGAACCUGGUGGAGCACAAGACACGACAGACGAUACUUGAAAAUCCCGGCACCGGUAGGCUCGAACGAAACCGUGAAGCAUUUGCUCGACGAAGCUUUUAUGACGCCGCUCAGCUCGUUAAUUUUAAAAGGACAUUGAGCGAUGUCGAUGUCGAACAUAAAUUUAGCCCCGACUUUUGCAUGGUUCGUCAGUUUGAAGCAUUUUUGCUUUCUGCACUGCAUAUUUUCGCAAACCAUUAUCAACCUCGUCGCCGAAGAGGUAACUUGGGAACCUAUUAAAGUAUAUCUUUUUUAUAAUCAGCUCAUAUCGAUGUAAUAAAGAAGAUUCGCACCUAAACUGGAUCCCUGAACUACUAUUUUGUAGCAGCAAUUGCUUGUGUCGGUAACGAAAAAGUAAUCCGUGCAUUUUCUGUUCGGUAAUAUCGGCCUGUAACUGAUGUCGCACACGUAAGACUCGCAGGGCAUCAGUGUCCACGUGUAUUCCAGGGCAUUGAAGACGCAGUCUAACGGAUUACUUAAUGAAUCCUUUUGAACCACGUAGGAUUGCUUGUUCUAGAGCGUAAAACAUGUGUGUGUGUGUGUGUGUGAAUUUCUAGAAUACACAAAUUGAUGCUAACGGUUCAAAUUAAAUUAUGUUGUAUAAUGAUCUCGGGUUAUGGCCGCAUUAGCAUUAGAGGAUCUAUUAUUAGUUGUAUACUUACGCUGCUCUGAUUGACAAUUUUAAUUGAUUUAAUUUUCGUCACUCCCACCUCUACUUCGCCGAAAUCUAGACCGAUAUUUUUGAUGUUCGCAUAAUUCUCAAUGCUGCAAUUGGUUCGAAAACUAUUAAAUAUUUUAUAUACGAUUAAAAAUCAUCAUCAUACUGUUUGGUGCGAGGAAAAACUUCAUACCUGUACUCCAUUUUAUCCGAGCGCACGCAAGUUCUUUGUUAGCUCAACUUGGUUGCAAAACCCGCUGCAAACGCUAUUAGCUUCCAUUCAUGCGCCUUUCCAUAGCACACGUAUACAGAUAUAUAAUAAUAUAGCGAGCAGCAGCCGAGUACAACAAUUUACAUUGAUGCAGUUACAUUGGCAGCAUCAGGUGCAUUGUUUUGAUCUCGAAGUGCGCGUGCGCAGUUUAGCUGAUGACGGUCAAUCCCAGUUCUCGCUGUCAGUGUACUGGCCGAGAGUGCAAAGCAAACACGUUCCAACACGCCUACCACGAGAAUCUGCACUCCGCGUGUAUCGGUGGCACGUAGGCACGCGCGUCGUAUUAUAUAUAUCUAUAUUUUGACAAAUGACGUCAUCGAUUCCCCGGAAAAUUCUCACUCGCGAGAUGACGACGGAGGUGAGAGGGAAUUAGAGGAGCACACUUCGUCUGCGGAUAUUCUUCGACGUCGAUGCUCUGUGUGCUGAGCCGUGUAUUAUGUGGUGCGCUGACUAAUUCGCUGUUUUACGACUCUCUGUAAUAUACUUGUUUAUCCGGAGUGACGAAUAAGCUGCGUUCAGUCUUCGGUUGCGGUGCAGUCUUGUGGGCUGUGGCUAGACUUGUUGUGGAGUGCUCUAAGGACUCUUUCUACAUGUCUUUAUGACAGUUGAUUCAAGAUGGCGGACCACUGCAAGGCGAACUGCAUUUAUCUUCUUUUGCUGUUUUUCACGAGUACCAUCGGGAAACUGGAUUCUCGGAAGAACUAUAUUCCUAUCAAUUUGGACAAUCCAGCUAUUUGCAAUCCUUCGACCGACAAAGUUCAAGUUAUCGAUGAUCUCAGGAAUAGGGGAAAACGGGAUUUAGCUAUUCUGAUUGAGCCCUCACACGUCUUUGAUACUUGGUACGUCAAGUACAACAAACACUGUAAGUUCAGAGUUAAGGCGACCAAAGGUGAUGCGCUCUUUGCAGUUGUGCAAAGCAUGUCUCUUCGACGCAAUGGAACCGAGUGCUUGGACUACAUUAUGUUUACAUCAGAAUUUGGUGGUCCACCGAAGAGGUACUGCGGCAAAAUUGAUUUCACCAAUGGUUUGAAACAUUACAUUCCAUACGAAGAACCAAAUACAGAUAAUCAAAAUGGCCUAGAUUUUAUACCAGCUAUGGUUGAAGAAUUCAGUGCGCAAGGAAAAAUAACAACUGAAAUAUUUAUAUCAAAACAACCACUGCUUCCAGGGGAAAAACUUGAUUUAGUUAUAACAUAUACUCCAUGCAGAGAUUACAAAAUCACAGAAAUGAUUGGAGAAGGAUUUAUAAGAAUAUAUAAUACAGAACAUGUGAUCGAUACGUGUAUCAAUUUAAAAUACAUCUGUGAUCAUUAUAAAAAUUGUCAUAGUCGGUAUUGCUAUGAUGAGAAAAACUGUACAAACAUAAUGAAUCGGAUAGAAAGUGAUGGAACUGGAACAAAAGUGACCAUUAGCGCAGUGACAACUAUAUUUUUAUGUUUGAUUAUAUUUACGCUGUGCCUGUGGAUUUGUCGAAAACACAAAAAACUUUGCUGGUCACCAGAUUGUGCAGGACCAUCCAAUACCGUGAGUGGCAGCACUUCUGGAUUGCCAAUGGAACGAGGUGAACAAGGUGCACCAAACCCACCAUAUGUGCCUACAGCUCCAAUGCUGGAGGUAGCUGUGCCUUCAUCUCUUCAUGACAAGGAUUUACCACCAAGUUACGAUUCUUUAUUUCCAACUCAAAGUCAUGCUGUUAAUACAUGAAUCAGAGUUUCAUGCAUCACAUCACAACUUUGAAUUAUCUAAUGUUGUAAUUAGAUAAUUUAUUAUUGAAUCUUCUUAACAAACAAUACAUGUUAAAUUUUAUAAAUUUUUAACGAAUCUCAAACUCAUUAUUUGAAGAUAUUAUUAUUUUAAAAAGAAUUAAAAUUCAUGCCAAAAAAUAUUUUAAAAAAUGAUUAUCCUAUUAUUUUGAUCAUUUUUAAACAACUUAGUAAAAAUUAUGCAUUGUUUACGUAUUAAAUCAGCAUUUAAAAAUGAUUAAAAUACUGUAUAUAAACUGCAUUGAGUUCAAUUACAAGGUAAAUUGUAAAAUCUGUGUAGCAUUUUGAUAACCUUUUAUAAGAAUUAUUGAUUUUUUGGGAAAAUAAAAGUAAACAAGUGAGUCUUUCUAGAUGGCCAAAACUUAAUUAUAUUUUGUAUAAUUAUGUAAAAAAGUAAAUCGAUUGUGAUUUACACUAUGUAGUAAAUUAAAUCAAAGACAAUAAUUGUUAUAGUAUAGAAAUCAUUUUUAGCAAUGAUAAAAAUAUUAAAAUCUAUUUCAUUACUUAGAAUUAUCAUUGCCUAUUUGACGGACGCCCUUGUGUAGUCCAUAUCAAAAUGAAAAGACUAAUUACAGAUACACAAAUAUAUGAAGCGAAUUUCUGUAAGUAGUGUCUUUCUAAUAUACACAUACAAGUUUUAAGCGAAAUUUUAUGAUAUAAUACUAUAAAAUUUUUCGAGUAUUAUUGAUAUUUUGUAUAUAUAUUUUAUACAGCGUAUCUUGCGCUCACUUUUAUAGUGCAUAUUUUUGUACAUACAUAUACAUUUAUGUAUAUGAGAUUUAUAUUAAAGUAACUAUAUAUAUGUGAAAAUGGAAA